AUGGCUAUCACAUCAUUUCCAGAUAUCGUUUUGUACAAAAGAAUGUUUCCAUCUAAUAUUACCAACCUCAAAGAGGUGCAAAGAAAUAAAGAAUGCGAUUACGCAUGCAAAGAUUACGAGAACUCCCGCAGCAAAGUCUUAGAAAUUGGAAGAUAUCUGCCAUGGCAUCCAAACCGACAAAUGGAGUUACCUGACUAA